AUGGUGGUUUACGUCCUCCGUACGUCCUCGAAUGCUGAAGCAGAUCCAGGACCUAGCCCUGCAGUCACAUAUGCAGGAAUGUACGCAGUCCUCGCCGCACCACCACUCCUCCCGACUGCGCCAUCCUGUACGCGUGCGUGCGUGCGUCGCCCUUCGAUAUUCGGCAUCGACGAACUCGAGCGUGGUGAUCGUGUCAGAAAGCGGAUCCGGCUUGAGGAUCCCUCGCCCUACAUUUGCAUGCACACACGAGAUCCCACUAAGUGCAAGUACAUACACGUCGCCGUUUCCCCAUCCCAUCACACGCACACGCGCACUCGGGCGCAGUGCCAUCGCCACGAUAUUACUGGCUGA